AUGCCGCCCCCGGACUCCAUGAAACGUCGCACGUCGAUGACACGCAUCCGCAAGCUGUCAAACUCGAUCAUAAAUGCCAUCCGCCCAUCAUCCUCCCAAACGGCGGAGCAGCCGAGGCUGACGCGUAGGAUCUCGGUCAAUGACAUCAGCAAGCCCCUGCAGCUCGGGCAGUAUUCGGCGGACCACUUCAUCGCUGCCAAUGCUAGCCACACCGCGCCGCGUCCCCGUCGGCCAGCGCGACCAAGCAUGGACGGACGUCCACAAGCAAUCUACAGUCCCCAGGCCGGAGAGCAAGAGCAGCGGUUGAACGCUCUGUUGCGGUCGGAGCGUCGACGCGAAGAGGAGCUCGCGUACGGCACGAGGUCGCGCCACCUCAAUUCACCAUCGUCGCCAGAACUAUCCCCUUCUCGAGCGCCGCGUAUCGCGCAGGGUACGCCGGCCGAGAAAGGCGCCAUUCCGUUUCCCCGCAGCUCGAGGGACAAAGAGCCACGAGAGAGGCACCACCGGCAACAAACAGGCGAGUCAACUGCCGGACCUCGGUCCCCGCCAGGACAGAGAGAGGCAGUCUACUCGGCGUUUGCGCCGGUGAAGCGGACCCCGUCGUCGAUAAGUACCAAGACGAUGCCGGAGAGGAGGUGGGCAGAGGACGCGACGCCGCCGCCGACGCGCGCCGGACCCCCGCCUCCAGCCAACAGGGACGUGGGUGCGCGCGGAACCAAGUUGAACGCAGAGACCGUCGUGCCAGGGAAUAGGACCUCGGUGUACUGCACGGACGCCCCCGCGACGGUCGGCCGGAAGGGCGCCAUUCGCCGCACGUCGAAGACCAGCAACCCACCCCUUCCCUCACCACAGCUCAACCACCUCUUCGGGCGGAGCGAGGACGCCCUUGUCGCAACAUCACCCCGCCCAACAGGGCUCCAGCGAUCCCACUCAGCAGCCACGCACAGCACGCUCCGGUCCCCGCGCGCCCCGCACCCUCCCUCCCCACUGCGCCCCAAACCCGUCGAGCCGCGCAACGUCCCGCACGACGUCCACGAGCGCGAGCGUAGGCAGUCUGUGAGCUCCGUCUGGUCGGACGACGAGAAGGAGCGGGUCGUCAUCGAUUACGGUGGGAUCGUUACGAAGAACUACCCGAUGGAGAUGGAGCCCCAGCAAGGGCAGGCGAGCAUGGACCUGCGGUACCCGCCAGUACCGCAGGUCGUGCGCCUCUCUGGGCCGGACCCGCAGCGCGCGUCGUCGUUCAAGGCCGAGGUCGGGCACGUCGCUGAGCCAGGCCCGAGUCGCGCGCGCCGCGCGGAGCCUGAGCCUCCUGUGCCUGGGGGAAGCACGCAGCGUGAGCGUGCUGGGCGGACGCGGGACGGGCGGGGGCCGACUUACAGGACGGAGGAGUUCUCGACUUUGACGCUGUUGUGGAACGACGUCGCGACGAAGAACGGGGUGCCGGUGCCCGUGGGCAAGAUGCCGGAGCUUCUUCCGAACGAGUGGCCUGUUCCGGAAACGGCGCCCCUGCGCGUGCAGAAGGAGUUCGAAGGGGAGGCGAGCAGGCUUCGGAGGAUUAUAGAGAGCCGGAGGUGA